UUCAACUACACACUUCAAACACAUCCCAAAUUACUGCGCUCAAAUCGCAGUCACCCGGUAUUUACUUUUUUUUGAACGUCAUCGACACAUCAGGUCCAUGUGAACACACUCUCUGUCAAAUUUCUUUCUCUCCGGCAAACGGCAACGAUGGCGACAGGAACACUUUAUACUUAUCCAGAUAACUUCCGUGCUUACAAAGCACUCAUCGCCGCUCAGUAUUCUGGGGCUAAAGUGAAAGUGGCCGAAGGUUUUGUUUUUGGCGAGACAAAUAAAACUUCGGAUUUCCUUAAGAAGUUCCCAACUGGCAAGGUCCCUGCUUUUGAAACAUCCGAUGGCAAGGUCUUGAGCGAAAGCAAUGCCAUUGCUUACUUCCUGGCCAACCAACAAUUGCGUGGCUCCAACGAAUACCUCCAGGCCCUAGUCCAACAGUGGAUCAACUUUGCUGACAAUGAAAUCGUUCCAGCCUCGUGCGCAUGGGUGUUCCCUCUUUUGGGCAUCAUGCCAAUGGCCAAAAACAGCACUGCCAAGGACGACGUUGCCGCCGCCUUGACUGUCCUCAACAACAAGCUGCUCGAGUCCACCUUCUUGGUGGGUGAGCGCAUCACCUUGGCUGAUAUCGUUGUGUUCACCAGUUUGCUGCACUUGUACCAAUACGUGUUGGAGCCAUCCCUACGUGCUCCCUAUGUCAACCUAAACAGAUGGUUCAACACCAUCCUCAAUCAGCCACAGGUCCAAGCCGUUCUCAAGGGAUUCGUCCUUUGCGAGAAGACCCUGGCAUACGACCCCAAAAAAUACGCCGAAUUCUUGGGCAAAUCUGGUGCUGGUGCAUCCGGUGCUAAGGCCGAAAAGAAGAAGGAAGAGAAGAAACCACAGGAGAAGAAGUCCACCCCCAAGAAGGAGGAGGAGGCCGCAGAGUUAGACCUCGCUGACGAAGCCCUCGCCAUGGAACCCAAGUCCAAGGAUCCCUUCGAUUCCAUGCCCAAGGGAACCUUCAACUUCGAUGACUUCAAGCGCGUCUACUCCAACGAAGAAGAAGCCAAGUCCAUUCCAUACUUCUUUGAGAAGUUCGAUGCCGAGAACUACUCCAUCUGGUUCGGCGAAUACAAAUACAAUGAUGAACUCGCCAAGGUCUUCAUGAGCUGCAACCUCAUCACUGGAAUGUUCCAGCGUUUGGAUAAGAUGCGUAAGCAGGCCUUCGCCUCAGUGUGCCUCUUCGGUGAGGACAACAACAGUACCAUCUCCGGUGUGUGGGUAUGGCGCGGCCAGGAACUGGCUUUCCCCCUCUCUCCCGACUGGCAAAUCGAUUACGAUUGCUACAACUGGAAGAAACUCGAUGCCAAGUCUGACGAAACCAAGAAAUUGGUAACACAGUACUUCUCAUGGACUGGCACAGAUAAGGAUGGACGCAAGUUCAACCAAGGCAAGAUCUUCAAAUAAGCAAAAUGCCAUUUACAAAAUAAAAUACUUAGUGCUGUCCCAAACAUGUUAAAGUCGUGACGUCAGCGACAGCGCCAGCGUCCUAACCAGCAACAACAACAACACACAACUCGUAAUUUAUAAUCAAUCUUUUUUUAAAAAUGCUGUUUUAUUGUUUUUGGUUGUAAUGCCUUGUAAUAUGAUAAAUGAUACAAAAUAACAAAAUAAGAAACAUACAAUCCAACACUCAAAAAUCAAAGAAACAAA